AUGAGAGAAAGAAACGAACAACGGAUCGAAAUCAGGCUUGAAGAAGCGACUGCUUCCGUUAUGGAAGACGUGCUACAAUACAUCUACACUGGAAAUGUUUCCGUCACCGAGGAAAGCUGCCACAAUUUGAUCGCAACAGCGGAUUAUCUUCUUUUACCUGGAUUAAAAACAUUGGCUGUUGACUUCUUGAAAGAGAAAGUGACAGUUCAAAACUGUGUCUUCAAUUAUUACUUUGCCAGCAAGUAUCAUUGUACAGAGCUGACAGAAAUCUGUUGCAGCGUGAUCAAUUUGAAUUUCAGUGAUGUAAUGAAAACUGAUGAUUUUUUUAACCUUGACAUGAAGCAAGUAAUGGAGUGGGUGUCUAGUGAUGACAUAAAUGUGGAAGCAGAGGAAGAGGUAUUCACGGGAAUUGUAGAGUGGGUGUCUCACAACAGAAGCGAGAGAGAAAGUUGUUUUCCUGAUUUGAUUCGCCAGGUCCGCCUAAGACCUUCAUCACAAGACAUUCUACUAAAGAAACUUGUAAAUGAAGACCUUGUUACUACGAAUAUCGAAUGCAUGAACUUUGUCUUAAGAUCCCUAGUUAACUCAGACAAAAAUCUUUCCAAAGCACCAAGAAAUUGUUUGAAGGUGAAAGUUGAAGGAAUUUUUGUGUGUGGUGGCAGGAAUGCCUUGUGUUACAUCCCCUGUGUAGACGAGUGGUAUCAGAUGGCAAACAUGACCUUUGAGCAUCAAAACCAUGCUGCCAUACAAUACAAGGAUAAAGUAUACAUCUUUAGUAAACAAAAGUGUGUGGAUGGCCACUUACGUGUAGCAGAAUACUAUAUUUCUUCCACAAAUUGGUGGGGUUCAAUUCAAACAAACUUUGAGUACGAUGAACAAUUUUCUACUUUGGCAAUACUGAAUGGUUACUCAUCCUUAUAUGCUCUAACCAAUUCUGAACAAUUUCGUGAAAACACCAUAUUCACAUAUGCUCCUGAUAUGAACAAAUGGGAAAUAAAAGGAGAUGAGAGCUUUAGAAGUCGAUGGGGAGCUUGUGGUGUGGCACAUGGACAAUACCUUUACAUUAUAGGUGGCACUACUAGAAGUAAUACUACAGCAACUGGACUAACUAGAGUGGAAAGGUUUGAUCCAGGUUUUGUGAUUUUGGAAGAGGUCACAUCUUUGAAUGAGGCACGGCAUGAUGCAUUUGGAGCAGCCAUGAAUGACAGGAUAUAUGUUGCAGGUGGAAUUCAAAUGAGAGAACAGAGAAGUAUCCUGCUGAAUACAUGUGAGGUGUACAAUCCAUCAACCAAUGAAUGGCAUCGGAUGGGAAACCUCUGUGUACCACGUCAUUCUGCAAGCAUGGUGUGCUUCAGCGGACGUAUGUAUGUCAUUGGUGGCUUAAAGAAUACCGCUAAGCAUUAUACAACGAGAGAGUUGUCAGUUGAAAUGUUUGAUUCUGAAACAAAUGAAUGGAAGGAAAAAACCACCAUACCUGUUGCCAAUGAAAAUGGAGAAGAAAGGAGGAAGCAAAUACACUACAAGGCUUGUAUUGCAUCAGUUCAUAAAGAUGUAUUAGAGAAAUGCAUUUAA